AUGAAGGAUGGUAGUCAAUCAGGAGUCGCGAUGGUUAACCCACAUGCAUGUGAUGACGGGGAGUUGAUGUGGUCAAAGAGGGCCGACGACAGGUUAUUUAUCUCAGCACCACGCCCAUGUAUUUCCUGGGAGCUUCCGGACGCAUUGUCGGCCGAAUCGAAUCCUCACACUCCCCCCGGACCACUGCCACCACUACCAUCGGCCGCGCCACCACCCACUCCGAUACUCCAGAGAUUUACGAGCAAACUAGCCUGGUCCCCCGGGCUAAUAGACCGUCCAGUUUCUCUUCCUUCUACUCCUUCUACUCCUACUCCUCCUCAUUAUAUUACUGCUUCUCCUGUUUCUCCUCUUGCUCCAGCUCCUCGUCCUGCUCAUCUUCCUCCCCAUACUUCUGCUUAUCCUCCUCCUUCCACUCAUACUCCUGCUCCUCCUCCUCCCCAUACUUCUGCUUAUCCUCCUCCUUCCACUCAUAUUCCUAUUCCUCCAACUCUAGUUCCUCCUUCUCACACUCCUACUUCUUCUCACACUCCUGCUUCAGCUGCUCCUCCUGAUACUCCUUCUUCUCAUCCUUCUCAUCGCCCUCCUCCCUCCACUCUUACUCCUCCUCCUACUCUUCCUACUUCUGCUCCUCGUCCUGCUCUUCCACCUCCUUCUACUUCUGUUCAUUCUGCCCCUGCUACUCCUUGUCCCCCUCCAGACCAUUUCCCUCCUCAUCCUAUUCCUACUCCUACUCCUACUCAUACUCCUACCCCUACUCCUACUCCUACUUAUACUCUUACUUCUACUGCUUCUGCUCAUCCAACUCGUUAUCCUCUUACUCCCACUCCUUCCCAUCCUGUUUGA